AUGUCUUCUUCUUUGCCCCACCCUUACCCAAAACUUAUAAACCACUCAUUCUCUCUCUUUCUAUCUAUCUAUCUCUGUAGUUUUUCCACUCCACCUCUUUCUCUCUCUCUCUCUCUCUCUCUCUCUCUCUCUCUCCAGGGUUCUGUUUUUAUCCUGCUGUCUCAGACUCAGCCAACCACUUUACUUUUCAUUUCUUCUUCUUUCUCUUUAUUUUUUUAUCUUAUAUUUGUUUUACUCUUUUUUAUUAUUCCUCUACUUUCCUUUUUCAUCCUUUUCUUUCUUUACCCUUCUCCCUUUUUCUACAUGUCUUUUUCCUCUUCUUCCGUCAGUCUUUUGUGUCCGUUUCUUCAUAUCUAUCCUCGUUUUUUCACUCCUGUCACCACUUUCUUCCUUUCCAGUUUGUUUUUUUUAUUUCCUCUACCUUCUCUAGUGCCUUCUAGUAUUGGCUCGACAGCUGUCGUCUGUUCGUCCUCGGGGCUACAAACCGCAACUGAUCCAGUUUUCUUUUUUUUUUCUACUUUCGUUUCUUUUCCUUCCCCCACUUUCGUCUCUCUCUUUUCCUCCCUCCCACUUUCGUCUCUCUCUUUUCCUCCCUCCCACUUUCGUCUCUCUCUUUUCCUCCCUCCCACUUUCGUCUCUCUCUUUUCCUCCCUCCCACUUUCGUCUCUCUCUUUUCCUCCCUCCCACUUUCGUCUCUCUUUUUCCUCCCUCCACUUUCGUCUCUCUUUUCCUCCCUCCCACUUUCGUCUCUCUCUUUUCCUCCCUCCCACUUUCGUCUCUCUCUUUUCUUCCUCCCACUUUCGUCUCUCUCUUUUCUUCCCUCCCACUUUCGUCUCUCUUUUUUUCUUCCCUCCCUUUUCGUCUCUCUCUUUUCUUCCCUCCCACUUUCGUCUCUCUCUUUUUCUUCCCUCCCACUUUCGUCUCUCUCUUUUUCUUCCCUCCCACUUUCGUCUCUCUCUUUUUUCUUCCCUCCACUUUCGUCUCUCUUUUUCUUCCCUCCCACUUUCGUCUCUCUCUUUUUCUUCCCUCCCACUUUCGUCUCUCUCUUUUUCUUCCCUCCCACUUUCGUCUCUCUCUUUUUCUUCCCUCCCACUUUCGUCUCUCUCUUUUUCUUCCCUCCCACUUUCGUCUCUCUCUUUUUCUUCCCUCCCACUUUCGUCUCUCUCUUUUUCUUCCCUCCCCCUACUCUUCCACACUUCCUUUUCUUUUCUUUCUCGUUCUUCUAUAUAUUUUGGUCUUUUCAAUUUUUCUUUUUCCCAUCCCGCGUACUUAUUUAUUUUGUCUACUUUUCAUUUUGUCUCAUUCACUCUUUCCUUCUUGCUCAUCUUUCAUUUCUUCUCUCCAUUAAACUUCAUUUGUGUGUGUGUGUGUGUUCUUCCGUUCAUCUUUAUCCAUUUUGUCGUCUUGCUUUCUUUUAUUCUCUCCGUCUUUUCACUCUCUCUCUCUCCGUCUUUUCACUCUCUCUCUCUCCGUCUUUUCACUCUCUCUCUCUCCGUCUUUUCACUCUCUCUCUCUUUUCACUCUCUCUCUGUCUUUUCACUCUCUCUCUGUCUUUUCACUCUCACUCUCUCCGUCUUUUCACUUUUCCGUCUUUUCUCUCUUUUCUCUCUCUCCGUCUUUUCUCUCUCUCUCCGUCUUUUCUCUCUGUCUUUUCCUCUCUCUCUCUCUCUCUCUCUGUCUUUUCACUCUCUCUCUGUCUUUUCACUCUCUCUCUGUCUUUUCACUCUCUCUCUGUCUUUUCACUCUCACUCUCUCCGUCUUUUCACCUUUUUUUCUCAUUCUUUCCUAUUGCUAUUCUUCUUUAAAUCUUUGCUUCCCUUUUUCUUCUCCUUGACAACUGUGUCGUUCCUUAAUUUCAUUCUGUCCUUUCACAAACUGGCCUGCAUACUUCAUUUGAGUUCCAGGAAAGUCCGAUAUUUCACCCCCUCUCUGUCUUUUCAAAUUUUGUCUUUUUCUCUGAUUCUUGUCUUUUUCACUCUGCAUAUAUUAAUUUUCUUAAUUUUCCUAUUGCUUUUUUUUAAAUUUCCCCUUUUUCUUCUCCUUGACAAAUGUUCUCUAUAA